AGACGAUCAAGAUGAUUUAUUUAAAAGAUAUUUGAUAGUUAUGGAAUAUGCCGAUUCUGGCACUCUUAAAGAUUAUUUAAAGAAAACUUUCAAUAACCUUACCUGGGACGAUAAAUAUAACAUUGCGUACCAAUUAUCUUGUGCCGUGUCGUGCUUACAUGAUGAAGGGAUCAUACACCGUGAUUUGCAUCCUGGUAAUAUAUUGGUUCAUAGAAACACAAUAAAGGUGGCCGAUUUUGGGUUAUCAAAAAGAAUUGAAUUAGCGUCCAAACAAUCAAGAUUAGGAAUAAUUCCUUACGUCGAUCCAAAAAUUUUUAAAUAUGAUAUUGAUUUGGCUAUAGAAAUUUUGCAAGGUCUUAGAGAAAGUCCUAUUCCUGAUACAUCUGAGAAUUAUAUAAAACUUUAUACCGAUUGUUGGAAUAAUGAGCCGAAUAGUCGACCAACCAUAGGCCAGGUAGUAAAAAGUUUAAAAGCAAUAAUGACUACAAAACCUAUUAGCUUUCAAUUAUCGGAUAAACAAGAAAUUAAUCCAACUAAUAUUAUUACUUCUUCAAAUGCUUCGAGUGCCAGUAAUUCAUACAAAUGGAUGUCUCAUUUUAUAAAUUUUAAUGGAAAAGAUACAUUCAUCUCUAUAACAACAACAAAUGAACAAAUAGUUAAAGAAAGUAUUUCAUCCGAAAAGAAUUUAAAAAUAAUAAUUAAUGAAAUAGUGGAACAUAUCUUUAAAUUAUUUAAUGAAGGAAAUGAUUCACACAAAUAUAUCAUUGAUUAUUUCAAUAGUAAUAGUCAUAAUAUAAAAUCGCAAGAAAUUUAUAAAUGGUUGUUAAUUAAUCAAGAUGAUUUGGAUUCAAUUUUCUGA